UGCAUGUGUGGUUGGUUAAAGGAGAAUGUGAUGUGGAGGAGAAAACUAGGGUCUGGCCUCGUCUUCAACCUCAUGGAUGGGGCCUGCUCUCGUGGCCCUUUUUUAAAGUCGGCUCAUGUAACCGAACUGCAUGGCAGUGUGGGACCUGUCCGUCAGCGUAGAGGAACUGGGAGCAGAGGCUCCGCCUCUCAAAAUCAGUGUCACCUCUGACCUCCACAUCGGAGGCGUCAUCCUCAAAGUCGUGGAAAAAACACAGAUUUCGAAGGACUGGUCUGACCACGCUUUGUGGUGGGAGCAGAAACAGCAGUGGCUGCUGAAGCCGGCGUGGACGCUGGAUAAAUGCGGAAUCCAUGCUGAUGCCCGUCUCUGCCUCACGCCCCAGCACAAGCCCCUGCAAUUGAUCAUGCCCAAUGGAGUCACCCUCAGACUCCGCGCCUGCUUCUCCAGCCCCGUGUUCCGCACCGUCAUGGGCAUCUGCAAACUCCUUAAUAUGCGUCACCCAGAAGAGCUGUCGCUUCUCAGGCCUGCUGAAGAGAAGAAGAAAAAAAAGCAAAAAGAUGAGGAGGAGGUGUUUGAUAUUACUUCUGCACCACUACCAACAGGUUCCAUCGUCAAGCUGGCCAAUGGCAUGCCUGCAUUCUUCACUGAGUCUCCUCAGAUGGAGAAUGUAUACAAGAUGCUGUCAGUCAGUCAGCCAGCCCUGCCUCCGGAGACCAUCGCUAAGAUGUACCGGCCCACCAGUAAGGUGGACAAGGCCCAAGUUAACAGCAGGUGGCUCGACUCUUCUCGCUCUCUUCUGCAGCAGGGAUUGAAGGAAAAUGACAAACUAUUUUUACGUUUUAAAUAUUACAGCUUCCACGACCUCACGCCUCAGUUUGAUGCUGUGCGUCUGACUCAGCUGUAUGAGCAGGCCAAAUGGGCCAUUCUGCUGGAGGAGAUCGAGUGCACAGAGGAGGAGAUGAUGCUCUUCGCUGCCCUCCAGUACCACAUAGGAAAGGUUUCUACAACGGAGCAGCUGGUGGCAUCUUGUCCAGCCAUGGAUGAUCUGGACUCUGCCUUGCAAUGCCUGGAGGUCAAGAUGGAGGCAGAGACCAGUGCAGAUGACAUGUUGGAAACAAUGACAGCACCAGAGCUACAUGACUAUCUGAAGAUUUUCAGGCCAAAGAAACAGACGCUUAAGAAAUAUAAGCAGUUCUGGUUCACCUUCAAGGACACGUCAAUUUCCUACUAUAAGAGUAAAGAAGAAAGCUGCAAGGAGCCAAUACAGCAGAUGAACCUCAAAGGCUGCGAGGUGGCUCCUGAUGUGAGUGUGGCUGGCCAGAAGUUUUGUAUCAGGCUGCUGAUUCCCGAACCUGAGGGCAUGAAUGAGGUCUAUCUGCGCUGUGACAAUGAGCAGCAGUACAGCAAAUGGAUGGCUGCAUGCCGUUUAGCCUCAAAGGGAAAGACACUGGCUGAUGCCUCUUUCUCCAGCGAGGUCCAGAGUAUUCAGUCCUUCUUAGCGAUGCAGAGGACCACGCCGGGCAGUAAGGCAGUCCAGAGCGAUGAUAGCAUCAACACACACAGCCUUGUCUCUCCUCGCUACCAGAAGAAGUACAAGCCCAAACAGCUGACCCCUCGCAUUCUGGAGGCCUAUCAGAAUGUGGCACAGCUUUCACUAACAGAUGCCCUCCUGAAGUUCCUGCAGAUAUGGCAAGCUCUGCCUGACUUUGGAAUCUCCUAUUUUGUGGUCAGGUUUAAAGGUUGCCGUAAAGACGAGGUGAUGGGCAUUGCCAACAACCGCCUGAUUCGCAUUGACAUGAAUGUGGAGGAAGUUGUGAAGACGUGGAGGUACAACACGAUGAGACAGUGGAAUGUCAACUGGGACAUUAAACAGGUCGCCAUUGAGUUUAAUGGUAAUGUGAACAUCGCCUUCAGCUGCGUGACAGCGGACUGUAAGAUUGUGCAUGAGUACAUUGGCGGCUACAUCUUCAUGUCAACCCGGAACCGUGAGCAAAACGACACACUGAAUGAGGAGCUCUUCCACAAACUGACAGGCGGCCACGAUGCUAUCUGAGAGAACUUACACCUCAAAGUGGAGAAAGACUAGAGAAAUUUCAAUAAAAAAGAUUUCUGUCCUGAAAAUGGUCCAAACAUCCCCAUGAAGAAGUUUAUGAUCCUGAAUCUCCAAGAGACAAUCCACAUUUAAGGCAAUUUGCUUAUAACUGCUAAAGAAAGACUAGAGUUAAUAAUCCCUUUUCCCAUGGAAAACCGAAUGGAUUUUCCUCUCUUCCUCUAAAUGAAUUUAUUGUAGUAUGUAAAAAUACUGUUUUAAAAUGUACCGUUCGCUUCCCAAUCCAUACUCCCCUUUUGAAUUCACUGUGUACUUGUGUCACAAAAACCAACAUAUUUACUUGCAUUUACAUGCAGUUUAGCCCUGCCUAUUCACACCAAGUUAUAAGGGAUGUUUCAGCCCAGACUGCUGUUUGAAUGCAGGGCAUCCAAGCAGAAGAGAGAUCAUUUUCAUAUACUAGCCUUAAAAACAACAUCUCGUUUAUUUCUAAGGGAUAAAAAGAGGUUUGAAAAUGGUUGUGUAAAAAUGAAUUUUAACCAUUUUUGAUGAAUAAACCCACACAAAGGUCAUUACUAUAUAACUGUUGAAUAUAGGACCUUUUAAAGAGUAUGCAUGCUAAAACUGCUUAAGAGGAACAGAACACUUGCUGUAUCCAAAAGGUUGAUGUUUUGUGUGACCCAUACAAUGGAACACUAUUGAUUAUCUGUUUUGGAUAGUCAUGCGUUUUGUGGAGUUAUGUGGACUAUAGAGUAUCAGCUGCAUAGUCACUUGUGGGCAGCGAUCUCGGAAGUGUUGUCAGCAUGCAAUUGUGAAUAAAACCAUGAAGUGCUGGGUUAA